AUGAGUGAGCAAGAACAAGCAGUCGCUUCUAGUACUACCGAGUCUCAAGUCGUUCAAUCUUCGGAAAAGAAUGGCUUGUCAUCAUCGAGCACUAGCAGUAGUGGAGAAAAUGCAACUGAGCCGAAGAGCAGCAGCACUACUUCGGAAAAGAAAGGAAUGACCUAUCAGGAAUUGAUGAAUGGUACCGACGAUGAUGAUUGGGUUCCGAACGUUCCGAAGGAAUUGCCAGAGUGGUGCAGCAAGGACCAUCCAUUGUUGAGCAAUUCAGUUGAUAUGAAUAAUCCCAUUACGGAAGCUUUAGCUCAUAUGAAGUAUGAAGGAACGCCUGAUGAAAUUGCAACCAAUUUCAAGAAUCAAGGAAAUUCCUUGUUAAAAGAAACAAAAACUCCAGAGAAAUAUUACAAGGAUGUGAUUCAAUAUUAUUCCGAAGGCCUAGAGCAACCAAUAACUGACAUGAGAUUGAAAGUGGAUUUGUUAAAUAAUAGAUCCCAUGUUUUGAGUUUAAUGGGAAAUUAUGGUAGAGCCAUCGAGGAUGCCAAGGCAGCUUUGAAAAUUGACAAGAAAAAUACCAAAUCCAUGUUUAGAAUUGCCAAAGCUGCAAUGGCUUUGAAAAAGCACAAGACUGUUAUCAAGUAUGCUGAAAAAGCUCUCAAAAUUGAAAAGACACAUCCUCUCUUUGAAGACAUGAUUAAAAAAGCCGAAGAAGAAUUAAAAAAAGAGCAAGAGAAAAAAGCAAAAGAACUCGAAAAAAAGAAGCAACAACAGCAAAUUCCACAACAAAUUAAGGACUUUUUGAUUUUGAGAAAGGGUAUUUCAGUCGGAAAUUACACAGAACUCGAGACAGAGCAUAUCAAUACGUAUACGAACAAGGCCUCUACCGGCGGUAUUCAAGUCGAUAAUGCAACAGGAGAGGUUUUCUUCUCAGUUAUUUUUGUCUAUGAUGAAUUUUCCCAAACAGAUUUUGUUUCAGAAUUUAGUGAGCAUCAAACUUUGAAAGAUCAAUUAGAUUUAAUGUUUCCUCCUAAUGGGCCAACAUUCCCUUAUGGCUGUGAAAAGGAUUAUGUGUUGUCUAAUCUGUGCGUAUUUUUCUUGGAUCCAACAUCGCUUAAGGAAGCUAAUUCACGUUACAUUGAAAUCAAGAAUUUGAACACGUCGUUGAUAAAGAUUCUUACACGAAAGGACUACUUGUUACCUUCGUCAUUGAUGCCAGUUUUGCACAUUGUUAGAAAGAAUCAUGCACUAGAGUUGAAUAUCAAGUGA